GAGGAGCGGGUGGGUGGAGUGCGCGGGGUGGAGAUGUCGGGGCUGUUGCGAGGUCUGGGCUGGGUGGAGCGACAGCUCUCCUCUACAGGGAACAUCCACCUCCUCCACGCCUACACCAGAGGCCGCCACCAAGUGAAGGAGGGUCGGAAGGUGAGCAUGUCGACAGAACGUGCGAGUAUAGAAACACUGUGGCAGUUCAGCUCACCCAAGACCCUCGGCCGCCGGAUUAACGGUGUCACCUUCUGCAGGACAUCGCCGUGGCUGGUGGUGGCGACGUAUGGAGCGCUGGGGUUCACGGGGACUAUCGAAGGCUCACUGGUGGGCUGGAACGUCAAGAGGAUCCCACAACCUGAGCUGUGGCUGUCACUGCCGGGUCCGGCCACAGUAGUCAGCUCGUGUCCAGGGGCGCCCCAGCUGUGCUGUGUCGCUCUCCUGGACGGAACGCUUCACGUGUACCAGCUGGAUACCUCCCCCCCACAGCUGGUCAUGGACACCAGCGUGAGUGUGGACAAGCACUGCUCCCCGGUGUGGGCGGUAGAAUGGAGGGACUCACAGGUAGUCAGUAGCAGCGCCACCAAGAAGACUCUCACCCCCUCCGGCGACCGUCCACCCUCCUUCAGGCGCCUCGUCAUCGACAUGCAGGGAACGCCAACGAGUGGAUCGGAGAUCGCUUAUGUGUUGGUGUCUUCUUCAGAGGACGGGACGGUGAAGGAGUGGAUAUUUAUCAAGGGCACCAUCCUCUGCUGCACCACGCUGCUGAACGUGCGCCUCCCGCUGUGGUUGUCACUGAGGAUCUCGGGAGGUUUGGAAGAAGUUCUGAGGCGAUCUUGUAUGGCCGGGGACGGCAGCAAGGGGGGUGGUGUUGAUGUUGGGGGCCUCCCCCUUCCCCAGAAAGUACCUGCUACCUCCAUGCACUUCCGUCCUGGCGAUAAGACCACCUACCUGGUGGGCACUACUGCCGGUGACGUCCUCUUAUGCCGAACCUUCGAGCGUGAGCGAGUGGGAGGAGUGUAUGAGGGUCACACGGCGCUGGUGACGAGAGUGGCGUGGCGGUCGGCAGGCGAGGACGCAAACUCCAUCUUCCUUUCAGCCGCCCUCGACGACACCAUCCGCGUCUGGUACAUCGAUAAGCCCGCCCCCAUCUGUGUCCUCAAGCUGGUGGAGACAGUGUCGAGCGGGUACGUAGACGCCUGUUGGUGUCCCUGGUAUGGCAAUCUGAUAGCUGGCGUACACGGCGGCGGCCUCCACCUGUGGGACAUCUCUCUCUCCACCCACACACCCAUCCUCAUCCAGCCACACCAAGGAGCUACCUGCGUUACCUUCAGCCCCCACACCAGGAAUGUUGUGGUCGGGGACGCCGAGGGCCGCCUCACUGUCUUCCACCUGGAGGGUCUGGAGAUCUCCGCCAGUAUAUUCCUCAAGUACUCCACGAAGAUCUCCAAGCUGGCGAAGAUUGGCGUCAUCCCUGUUGAUUAAGGUCAUCAGUCAUGCCACUGGAAGGUCAUGACGGUCAUGUCAGUAGAUGGUUGUGAAGGUCAUGCCAAUGGAAGGUCAUGAAGGUUAUGCCAGUCGAUGAUCAUGCUAGUGGAAAGUCAUGCGAGUGGAUGGCAGUUCAUCAGGGUCAUGAAGGUCAUGCAAAUGGAUGAUCGUGAAGGUCAUGCCAGUUCUACAGGUCACGAGAUGACCUCACCUCCAACCCCCCUCCCCACGGGCCCCUCUUCCGCGACUGACCCAGCCUCGUCGCCAACGAGAACUUGGUUCCUCGGGCGCUGGUCCACCUACUGACGUGUUCUGGCCCACAGUUGCCAGCAAAGAGCUGACAAUGGUACUUCUGCCACACAGAUGUUGUUGUGUGUUUCUUCGGGAACCUCUCCCUGGGUGCGUUGCUCUAGCAGUUUAGCUCAACGCUCCCUCACCAUCUACACUUCCCAUCAGCCUGCGGCUCCUCCCUUUUCAACCAGUUCAUCUCUUCGACUUGGCGAUUUAUCUCAUCUACUCGAUGAAGCUGCGCUGCCAGUUUACUAGCUGUGGCUUGAGACAAUCGCAUGACAUUCAGCUUGAGUAACAACCGGACACGACGUGGCUGCUUUUUAAGGGAGUCACUUCCCAUGGAGCUCACCUCCUGGUAGGACAUACACUGUAUCUUACUCGCCAUGCCACCUGGCGAGGGAACACUCACUCCCGUGACGAAACGUUGUACAUAAAUCGUCACAACACUGUCACGGGUUCAUACCCUUUAUAUAAAAAUAUUGUCUUGUGUGUUUGGUAUUUGUUACAAUUAACACAUAAUUGAUAGAUUGACCGAAUGUUGGCUCAGCCAAGUAUAUCCCUAGAAAGACGUUAAAGGUUUCGUCUAUCCCCUGACGAGGCUGGGGAUUUGGGUGACAGAUUAAAUAAACUACAAAAUAGACUUGUAUAUUUAUGUGACUAUUGUUCAUACACUAUAAUUAAGAUUAUUGGAGUCUUUCACAGCGCAGUAUUAUAUCGGUAAUACAAACAGUUUUUGCCUUAUUUCAUCAACUAUGGUUUGCUUUGUUUUAAUUGUGAAUUGUUUAAUAAUAUUGCUGGCUUUGAUAUGAUGAGGCAAAUUGUUUUAUAGCUGUAAAGAAAAUCUACUGGAUGCUUGGCCGUGUACACCAGGUACUGCUGUGCUCACUUCCCUUAGUAGCUCCGGAUCCCUAACCCUCCCUCGUCUCUCGAGGACGUGUGUUAUGACAGUACUGCCUCACCAUCACUAAACCUUAACAAGGUGAUAUUACCCAAUGAUUUAUAAAAGUAUAAAACCGGUUUAUUUUAUAUCUUGUGUCCACAACUGUCGGGGUCAUGCAAGACUCCUCUCGAGCUUUUAUCGUAAUGAGAGUCAAAUUUCUUCCUUGUAUUGCUGCCACAUCUAAACUAGUAUGUAUAUAUUCAGCCAGGCAGCCCUCCCGAGAGUGUCCACUGAAGAGUAGAGAGUACAAGGUAAGGAGGUCGUGCUUAUGUUACGUGAUAUAGCCAAUAGACGCGGCACUCUCUAGGUGAUAAAGUCGAGGAAGCAGGUGGAGUGGGUCUCAUAGGCCGACCCCCUGUUAUGAUAGAGAACAAGACAAUAUCGUCAGUGUGAUGACUAAAAAUUCCCGAAAUUCUCUGUUUACUUGACGAAAAUCGUCUUGUUUAUUCCUUUACAGGUUAGUUCUUUAAGUGUUAUGCUACGUAUACAACAAAUAUAUUCUUUUCUUAA